AUGGAUUCGUUUAUUUUUGAUUUUGAUACUGAUUCAACUUUAACAAACGAUACAAAUAGUACACAGAGUGAUUUAGAUUGGACCGCAUUUCAAUCAACAUCACCAUUACCAACAACAAGCAGUCCAUUUACACCAUUAUAUUUAUCACCACAAGACGAUGCUGUUGCGCCAAACAAUAAAUCAACAAUCAUAAAAACAAGCCAUGAUGAUGAACUUUAUUUUGAAAUUGAACACUUUUUUAAUGGUUUAAAUCAACAACAUCAAGAACAGGCGGCACAUUCACAACAUCUAGAACAAGGACAACAAGGUAUCAUAGAGCCAUUAUAUAGUAAUAUAGAUAUUUCCGAUCAAAUAAUGAACAAUAGACACUAUGUUGAAUUACCUUCUCGUGCACAUUUAUCAGCUGCUAUUAUUAAUGAAAAGCCAACGAAUUAUUUACCGGCGCCGCUUGUACCGCGUGUUUCUUCAUCACGUUCGAAAUACUAUCAUAAACUACCUGAUCAUGCUGUUAAACUAAUGCAAGAAUGGUAUAAUACCAAUUUGGAUGAUCCUUAUCCACGUUCACCAGACAAGAAACGUUUUAUAACCGAAGGUAAUAUAACAGCGCAACAAUGUCGUUCUUGGUUCGCUAAUCGACGUCAAAGACUGAAACAUGUUAAAAAAAAUCAAUCAAAAUUAACAACAUCUCGUUUUAUAAACCAUUCACCGAAGGCCAAACCAACUGAAAUGUCACCAAUAGAAGCACAUGAACAUUGUUAUUAUUGCCAACAACAACAACAAAUAGCCUUGUCAUCAGCAUCAUUAUCAUCAUCGCCUCUUUCAUUAACAAUUCCAACAACACCAUCGGCAACAACAACAACAACAACAACAACAUUAAAUGUCGUUAUUAAUCAACAAACAGUAGAACAAUUGAUUCAUAAUAGUCUUCGUAAAUUGCUCUAUCCAAAUCACAUAUGA